UCAGAAUUCAACUUACAAGCAAUUCCCGAGUCACAAAGAGUACAGCUAGCGCAGAGAGUUGAGUUGAAAAGAGAGAGAUGGCAAAGUGUUUUAUAAUUCUUGUACUUACGCUUGCAGUUAUUCACAGCAGUACGGCUGCUCGGAAUGUGCCUGGUGGCACUGGUCUUGAUGACGAAAAGAACUUCGUUGCGUUUGGUGGGGUUGGUGGCAUUGCUGGAGCAGGCGUUGGCAUUGGAGGCGGGGACGGUGUCCUUGGCGGCAUUGGGAGUGGAAUUGGUGCAGUUGGUGGAAUCGAUGGACUUGGUGGUUCCACUGGUUUAGGAGGCCUUGGUGGCUUGGGUGGAGCUACUGGAGGUCUUGGAGGACUCGGCAGUGGAAUUGGUGGCCUUGGCGGUGAUGUUGGUGGUCUGGGCACUGGCAUUGGUCGUGGCGUUGGUGGUGGAAGUGGAAGUGGUGAUUGUGGUGAUGGUGGCGCCGGAUCCUUACUUCAUCCUUGAUUUCUCUGGAGCAUUAUUUUAUAUUAUCGACUUCAAUCUACGCCUAGCAAUAGGCGUGAGAGGUUUUUGUCAUAACAUAAUAAUCUGUUUUUGUUUUGCUAUUUUGAGAUUGAUCACUAUGUCAAGUCUUAAAAAAAUCUUCCGGAUGUUUCUUCAUUUCUCAGUGGUUUCUAGCAUUAAAGGAAUCUCAUUAUUCUUCUUUUGUUUCAAGAGGAAUCAGAUGCUCUCACUGAAAGAAAAAUUUGUUGUCCUGCAUGCGUGAGGACAAAUUUUUGCAUAACUAAUAAGAUACUUCGUCAUUCACGGAGGA